GACGUGCGUGGCGACGUGUCGGCCAUCUUGUGUUGUUGAGGCUGAAGACUGACUUGGGUUCUGAGAGACUCCCUGUCCUGGACCGCAGUGCUAAAAGGAUCGGAACACCGUUGGCUCAGGCUUCCUGCUGUGACCCAGCAGAACUUUUGAGCAGGUUUUGCCACAAAAUUUAUUGUAAAAAUACGGAAAAGGAUGGCCGCGGAAACGCAGACGCUGAACUUUGGGCCUGAAUGGCUCCGAGCUCUGUCCAGUGGUGGGAGUAUCACAUCCCCUCCUCUCUCGCCAGCGUUGCCUAAGUAUAAAUUAGCAGACUAUCGUUACGGCAGAGAAGAAAUGUUAGCACUUUUCCUUAAAGACAACAAGAUACCUUCAGAUCUUCUGGAUAAAGAAUUCCUGCCUAUCCUGCAAGAGGAGCCCCUGCCGCCCUUGGCUCUUGUACCCUUUACAGAAGAAGAACAGAGAAACUUUUCCAUGUCUGUAAAUAGUGCCGCUGUCCUGCGGUUGACAGGACGAGGAGGAAGCGGCACGGUGGUGGGAGCUCCUAGAGGUCGAAGUUCCUCACGAGGGCGAGGUCGAGGCCGAGGUGAAUGUGGUUUUUACCAAAGAAGUUUUGACGAAGUGGAGGGUGUUUUUGGUCGAGGUGGCGGCAGGGAAAUGCACCGCUCGCAGAGCUGGGAGGAAAGGGGUGACAGACGAUUUGAAAAGCCAGGACGAAAAGAUGUGGGGAGACCAAAUUUUGAGGAAGGCGGACCAACAUCAGUGGGGCGGAAGCAUGAAUUUAUACGAUCAGAAAGUGAAAAUUGGCGCAUCUUCAGAGAGGAACAAAAUGGGGAAGAUGAAGAUGGCGGUUGGCGACUAGCCGGAUCCAGAAGAGAUGGCGAACGAUGGCGGCCCCACAGUCCUGACGGCCCUCGCUCUGCAGGCUGGCGAGAACACGUGGAACGGCGGCGCCGCUUCGAGUUUGACUUCAGGGAUCGUGAUGACGAGCGAGGCUACCGCAGAGUGCGCUCUGGCAGCGGGAGCAUCGAUGAUGACAGGGACAGCUUGCCGGAGUGGUGCUUAGAAGAUGCCGAAGAGGAAAUGGGCACUUUUGACUCAUCGGGAGCGUUCCUCUCUCUGAAGAAAGUGCAAAAGGAGCCCAUUCCAGAGGAGCAGGAGAUGGACUUCCGGCCUGCAGAGGAAGGGGAGGAGUGCUCUGACUCUGAGGGCAGCCAUAAUGAAGAAGCCAAAGAGCCCGAUAAGACAAAUAAGAAAGAAGGAGAGAAAACAGACAGACCAGCUGUUGAAGCUAGUGAAGAAGCACUCCAAACCUCUUCAUCGUGUGCUAGAGCGGGCACUCCUGCCGAUCACCCACCCCAGGAAACCACGCAGUUGGAGGGGCAAGAGGAAACCCAAAAGGAGCAAGCAGAAAAGGUGGAGGAGGAGAGUCGAACGGAAAACAGUUUACCAACCAAAGUGCCCAACAGAGGAGAUGAAAUGGUCCCUGAAGCCCAGCAGCCCCUGUCACAGACGCCUGCAGAUGCAGCCUCUUCUCUCCUCAUUCUUUCGCUUCCUGCUCCCAACCCUAGCCCUCCCCUCCGGCCAGUGGAAACGCCAGGCGUCAGUGCUCCUGGUAUGGGCAGUGUUUCCACAGAGCCCGACGACGAAGAGGGUCUCAAACAUCUGGAGCAGCAAGCUGAGAAGAUGGUGGCAUAUCUUCAAGACAGUGCACUGGAUGAUGAGAGGCUGGCAUCAAAACUGCAGGAACACAGAGCAAAAGGCGUCUCGAUUCCGUUAAUGCAUGAAGCAAUGCAGAAGUGGUAUUAUAAAGACCCCCAGGGAGAAAUCCAGGGUCCCUUCAAUAAUCAGGAGAUGGCAGAGUGGUUCCAGGCGGGCUAUUUCACCAUGUCUUUAUUGGUGAAGCGAGCGUGUGAUGAGAGCUUCCAGCCUCUUGGUGACAUCAUGAAGAUGUGGGGAAGAGUGCCUUUCUCGCCCGGCCCCGCCCCCCCGCCUCACAUGGGAGAGUUGGACCAGGAACGACUAAACAGACAACAGGAGCUCACAGCCUUAUACCAGAUGCAGCACCUUCAGUACCAGCAGUUCUUGAUACAACAGCAGUACGCACAGGUUCUGGCUCAGCAACAGAAAGCAGCCCUGUCCUCCCAGCAGCAGCAGCAGUUGACGCUCCUCCUCCAGCAGUUCCAGGCACUGAAGAUGAGGCUGUCUGAUCAGAGUGUCCUCCCCCCAGUCACUCGGCCGGUGUCGGUGCCAGACCCAGGCUCCAUUUGGGAGCUUCAGUCAUCAGCCUCACAGUCGACAGGUUGGGAGGGCAGCAGCGUGUGGGAUCUUCCCCUGGACACCACGACGCCGGCACCUGCCUUGGAGCAGCUUCAGCAGCUGGAGAAGGCCAAGGCUGCAAAGCUGGAACAGGAGAGGAGAGAGGCGGAGUUGAGGGCAAAACGGGAGGAAGAGGAGCAAAAGAGGCAAGAAGAUCUCCGGAGGCAGCAGGAGGAGCUUCUCCGGAGACAGCAGGAGGAGGAGAGGAAGAGGCGGGAGGAAGAGGAGCUGGCUCGAAGAAAACAGGAAGAAGCUCUGCGCCGCCAGCGGGAGCAGGAGCGGGCACUGAGGCGGCAGCGGGAGGAGGAGGAGCGGCAGCAGCAGGAGGAGGCUCUGCGGAGGCUGGAGGAGAGGAGGAGGGAGGAGGAGGAGCGGCGCAAGCAGGAGGAGCUGCUCCGCAAGCAGGAGGAGGAGGCUGCAAAGUGGGCGCGGGAAGAGGAGGAGGCCGCGCGGCGGCUGGAGGAGGACCGACUGCGCAUGGAGGAGGAGGAGCGCAAGAGGAAGGAGCUGGAGCUGCAGCGGCAGAAGGAGCUGAUGCGCCAGAGGCAGCAGCAGCAGGAGGCACUGCGCAGGCUGCAGCAGCAGCAGCAGCAGCAACAGCUGGCGCAGAUGAAGCUUCCCUCUUCAUCCACGUGGGGCCAGCAGUCCAAUACAACGGCGUGCCAGCCCCAGGCCACACUCUCACUGGCUGAAAUCCAAAAGCUAGAGGAAGAGCGAGAACGGCAGCUCCGAGAAGAGCAAAGGCGUCAGCAGAGGGAGCUGUUGAAGGCACUUCAGCAGCAGCAGCAGCAGCAGCAGCAGCAGCACCAGCACCAGCAGCAGCAGCAGCAGCAGCAGCCAAACCGAGCCCGCAACAACACGCAUUCCAACCUGCACACCAGCAUCGGGAAUUCUGUUUGGGGCUCAAUAAAUUCAGGUCCCCCAAACCAGUGGGCAUCUGACCUGGUCAGUAGCAUCUGGAGUAAUGCUGACACGAAGAACUCCAACAUGGGAUUCUGGGACGAUGCGGUAAAGGAGGUGGGACCCAGGAACCCGUCGAACAAGAACAAGAACAGCACCGGACUCAGUAAAUCUGUAGGUGUGUCUAACCGGCAGAAUAAGAAAGUAGAAGAAGAAGAGAAGUUGCUGAAGCUCUUUCAGGGAGUAAAUAAAGCCCAGGAUGGAUUUACCCAGUGGUGUGAACAGAUGCUUCAUGCCCUUAAUACGGCCAAUAACUUGGAUGUCCCCACGUUUGUGUCUUUCCUGAAAGAAGUCGAGUCUCCAUAUGAAGUCCAUGAUUACAUCAGGGCCUACUUAGGAGACACGUCAGAGGCCAAGGAGUUUGCCAAGCAGUUCCUCGAGCGCCGUGCCAAGCAGAAAGCCAGCCAACAGCGGCAGCAGCAGCAGCAGCAGCAGCAGCAGCAGCAGGACUCCAUGUGGGGGAUGAACCACAGUACACUCCACUCAGUGUUUCAGACCAAUCAAAGCAACAACCAGCAGUCCAACUUCGAGGCUGUACAAAGUGGCAAAAAGAAGAAAAAGCAGAAGAUGGUCCGAGCCGAUCCCAGUCUACUAGGUUUUUCUGUCAAUGCGUCAUCGGAGCGACUGAAUAUGGGUGAGAUUGAGACCCUGGACGACUACUGAGCACCUGCUGGGAUUGGCCUUCCUCUCCGUCUGCUGACCAUGGACCCUCCACCUCUGGACACCACAUGCACUCACCCGCCACUCUAAUCUCUCUGCCACCAGCCACAGAGCACUUCCUCUCAGGCGGCUCCUCCUCGCCAUUUUGUCCAGGAUUCCUGAAACCGUCUUUGUUGGCGAGUGUCUCCGACUGUCGCCCCUGGGGCGGACUCUGUCUCGUCUCGGGGCGGGGACUGUCGGGCGGCUCCCCAACAAGGCUGGUUUGGGCAGCACGUGUUUCCUGUGCCGUGAUUUCCACAACUUGUCCCAAGAGGGGGGUCUUGCCCAUAGCAGCUCACCUUCACCACCACCCCCACCCCCCCCCACACCCCCAGGCAAGGGUCUGACUGCAGUCUUGAAGAGAGAGGUUCAUGGUCAGUGGGUGUGUGGCCACAGCUCCCUUUGGUAUUGCAUCGGAGAGGCCCCCUGACGUCGCACCCUGCCUGUCCUCCCUGAGCCGCGCCGGAGAAGGAAAGGCUUCACGUUCUUCUCCACUAGGUGGUGACCGCCGCCCUGGUGUGCACUCACCUGCCUGGACAAAGAAACCCUGUGGCCUGGGAGAGAGACUUCUUCUUACUUUUCCUUUCUUACAAAACUGAUUUUUUUCCAUAAAUAUUUUAUUCAGAGGACUAGGACCAGUUUGUUUUGGGCCCUUCUGCUGAAAUUUUGUCUCGUUUAAGAGGCAGCUAGGAUCUUUACCAUAUGUGUGAAUUUGUAUAAUUUCAUUUUGGAUAGGGAUAAACUCUUCUGAUAAAAGCCCGGAAUUUCAUCUGCUUCCUCAGAUCGUUGUGCGUGUGUCUGGCGGUGGCCCCCAGCAGGUUUUGCUGAAAGAUUCUGGAAUGGCAGUUGUUUGCCUUUUCUACAAAGCGUGCAAAACCGAACCACCUUUCACCAUCUUUAUCCGUGGAAACCACUAUGCAGGGAAGGCAGAGCGUGGAGGGCAGGGGAGAUGGCGAGACCAGAAGCCCGCCCCACUGUGCUCUGGCUUCGGCACUCGGCCUCCUACCACCCCCACUCCCCCUCACCUUGGGUAGAAAUCGAUGCCACAGCUUAUUUAUGAUCAGAUGCUCCUCCUGCCUCCACCAGCCCCUACAGAGCACCCCCGGCAUGGCCAGUCCUCCUAGGAUUGGAGGCCCCGGGUGACUGUUGGUGGUCGGCCGGCCCCACAGUACCUCUCUUCCUGUCCUCGGCGCCUGAAAGUGGGGGUGCUGGGAGGAGCUGAGGGCAGUUUGGUUUGGGAUGAUUUCAAGUUGGCUUCUGUUUUUCUUAUUUUGGAUUACUUACCAUCCUCCCUAUCCCUUCUGGCCUCCCACCCCUCUUAAACAUGUACAAUAACUAUACAGAGACUGCUACCACGUGUAUAUAGUUUUUGGAUCAAAUAGCAUGAGGAGACGGGACACCGUUCCACAGUGGGACUCCGAUCUCCUUUGCUUUGUACAUUCAAACGUGGGGGGUGGGAAAGAGGGAUAGUUAAAAUGUUUACAAAACUUUAAGCUUCCUCGGAACUUUUGCCAGCGUGGAGGAAAAUAAAGAACUUAAAUAAAACCUGGUUGUGCUGUG